ACCAAAAUGGGACAAGAUUACAGCUACUCCCAGCCUUCUUCAUCAUCAAACUCUCUAGACAUGAGCUCCCUUCUUGAAGCAGAAGCUAAGCUGUACGCGGAUGAAGCUGAGAGUCCCUACUGCAAUGCAGAGCCGGAUCAGUUCCCACCUCAACGAGAGCCUGAUGAUGGAAUCCCGACGGCAUGCUACUGUGGUGCUCAGCCUGUUGUCGAAUGCUCUUACACACCUAAAGAUCCAUACAGAAGAUACUUCAUGUGCGCCAAUGUCGAUGAUGGGGACUGCCACAUAUGGAAAUCGUGGGAUGUGGCUUUAAUGGAGGAGAUGAGUGAGUUUCAGAGACAUCUCAGGCAGCUCAAGGAUCAAGCUUUUGAGUGUGACCAGAAGCUGCUUAAGCUACAGAAGACCUUGUGUGAGCUAAAGAAGAAAUCAGAGACUCCAAAUGCCUUUGCAUUGGCACUUUAUGCAAUGGUGUCCGCAUUAGUUUUCAUAGGUUUGGCUGCUAUGUUCCUGAGUGGAAGAGCUUCAAAGAAGUAAACCAGACUGUCAUAAAGCUCGAGAGCGUCUGUAUAAUUAGCCAAGGUCCUAGUGAGUCUGUUGUCGAGCCUGUUGUCGAGUCUGUUGUCGAGUCUGGUGUCAGGAGGAAGUGGUCUCCGAAGGAGGAUAAGAUCCUUAUUGGCGCUUGGCUUAACACCAGUAAGGAUCCCGUCGUCAGCAAUGAGCAGAAAGCUGGUGCUUUCUGGAAGCGGAUUGUAGAUUACUACAACGCAAGCCCGCAGCUGGUUGGGACAGUACCGAGAGAGGUUACCU